ACUCCUCCUUUUGUGCAUUUCAAGAUCUCGUUCCUCUCGCGGAAUCCGAUUCAAACCCCACCAGGUCUUCUCAUCAAAGACGCAAGCUUUGGGCGAUCCGAACCCUAAGGAACGACAAUGCACGGCGGGCAGAUGCUGCUUGAGGAGCACGUGCGGCUCGCCUCGGUGCUUGCACCCUCCAAGACCAAAUUUUUCCCAUCAUUGACUAAAAUUGUUGGGACACUUGGGUCAAGUUCACGGUCUGUUGAAACAAUUGAGGCAUGCCUCACGGCAGGAAUGUCAGUUGCACGCUUUGAUUUUUCUUGGUUAACUGCCGAAUACCAUCAGGAGACUCUUGAUAACUUGAAGAAGGCUGUGAGUAAUGUCAAAAAGCCAUGUGCUGUUAUGCUGGAUACUGUGGGUCCAGAACUUCAGGUUCACAACACACCUGGAGAACCAAUUGAGUUAAAGGCUGGUAAUCAUGUCAUUAUAACUCCAGAUCUUUCUAGAGUUCCAUCAGCUGAGAUAUUGCCCAUAAAUUUCACUGAUCUUGCCAAGGCAGUUAAAAAGGGUGACACUAUUUUUAUUGGCCAGUAUCUUUUUACAGGAAGUGAGACAACAUCUGUAUGGCUUGAGGUUCUGGAUACUGCAGGUAAAGACAUAAAUUGCCUUGUGAAGAACAGUGCUAGACUUUCUGGAUCCAUUUUCACUAUGCAUGUAUCGCAAGUUGCAAUCAGUUUGCCAACUCUGACUAGUAGUGAUAAACAAGUUAUCUCAACUUGGGGUUUGCAAAAUAAUGUUGAUCUCAUUUCCUUGUCUUACACCCGUCAUGCAGAGGAUGUGCGCGAGCUUAGAGAAUUUCUGAAGUCACAUAAUCUUCUCACCACUCAGAUAUAUGCCAAAAUUGAAAAUUUUGAGGGUUUGGAUCACUUUGAUGAAAUUCUCCAGGAAGCAGAUGGUAUCAUUCUUUCUAGAGGAAACUUAGGGAUAGACCUUCCCCCGGAAAAGGUAUUUGUGUUUCAGAAAACUGCAAUUCAAAAAUGCAAUAUGGCUGGAAAACCAGCUAUAAUUACUAGAGUAGUGGACAGUAUGGUUGACAAUUUGCGUCCAACUCGUGCAGAGGCAACUGAUGUAGCAAAUGCUGUUCUGGAUGGGACUGAUGGUAUAUCGUUAGGUGCUGAGACUCUUCGAGGCCUCUAUCCUGUUGAAACAAUCAGGACAGUUGGCCAAAUCUGUGCAGAAGCUGAAAGUGUAUAUAACCAUUCUCAUCAAUUUAAAAGAAUCGUACAAUAUGUUGGUGAACCAAUGUCUCAUGAAGAAUCUGUCGCAUCAUCAGCUGUUCGUGCUGCAAUCAAAGUCAAAGCUGCUGUAAUUGUUGUGUUUACUUCGUCCGGAAGAGCUUCAAGGUUAAUAGCAAAGUAUAGACCUCCAAUGCCUGUUUUGGCUGUUGUCUUCCCACAGGAGGGAAUGGGUUCAGUGGAAUUGAGUUCUUUUGGCAUAACACAGGCCAGGCAGUGUCUAGCAGUAAGAGGUGUUUAUCCUAUUUUGGCCCCUUCUAGUAAGGGCGACGCGAGCAUGUCAAAGGAAGAGUCAGGGUUGAAGCUUGCUCUGGGCUACGGUAGAUCUGUGGGAAUCCUGAAGCCUUAUGAUCGCGCAGUCAUCUUUGAGAAGAUUGGCGACUCCUCAGUCGUUAAGAUUAUCGAGUUCGAAGAUUCUUAACAAAGUAUCUAUCCAUAAAUUUUGUAUUCCAAAGUUUUUAUUUUUAUUUUCCAAAAAUAAGAAUGAGAGAACAGUUGUUUCCGUCCUUGUUUUAUUGCCGGCCCGUGAGGGAUUUGAUCGAUUUUACCGACAUCAUAAACAUAGAUGGGAACCACCACCGUCGUGGAUUCAUAUGAAACCAUUGAUUCUGUCAAAAUUGCAAUUUGCUUGAUGCUA